CGAGCCCGCCCCACUCAAUCUCUCCAGAUCAAUGAUCUGCCACAUGAAUCUCUCUAUUCUCGUCACUCUCUGGUUCACCCAGCUCCCCUCGGAGCCUAUACUACCUAUAACGACAUCAGCUAUUUCAUAACCCUUUUGUUGCCCCAACAUGUAAUGCCACUGCCUUUUAUUUUCCGUAUAAUCUCUGUCACGUCUCUCAUUGGCUUUAUUAUCCUCCUCCGCGAACCUUAUUUCCACUUCAUAUCUGUUAGCCGCCUGCGGCCCCCUUACUAUGCCCUAUCCAAUCUCUUCCGAGCCAUUCAUGUAACUUUUCACUUAUCAGUUAUUUUUGUCACUUUACAAAGCGAUCGAACGUACCGUUAUGCAUAUUUCGCAAGGGCACGACUGAUAAUUUUGCUAUUUUUAUACUGCACAGCAUUAGCGUACGGCUCAUGGACCUGGUAUCUGCUGUGGCGAAAUCGUCGUGAUAGUAGUGACAACGAGGAUGACGAAGAGGGUUCUACCAAACCCGGAAUGAAUCUUGUACCGCGCAAGAUUCUCAGUUCAUCCAAUCUCACCUCCCGAAAUAAUUUCAUUAUCAAAACAAUGCUUUGGAUUCAUGCGCCGCUUCACGUGAUAUCAAACGAUCCGAGCUCCAACUUCGAGGAAAGAAGGGUCUGGGGGAAGUUGGCGGUGAUAGUCGUUUGGGGAUCGAAAGUUCUUGAAGUUAGUUAUAUGCUUUUGAAAGUCCCAUUGGGACGCCCGCUCUCCUAUCCUUAUCUCCGUUCUUUUGCUAGAAAUCAGACUGUAUCCCCUUACACCCACGAUUUCCCGGCGAACCCUCGAUUUAAAUCACACAAAAUCCCCGCAGCAAAUGGAUCUACAACCGUCCAAAACUGA